UCCAACUACAUGUACCUUACGUUCGCGUUGCAGUUGCGAAUAGCACACAUACUGUAGGUGUACAUGACUAACGUUAGACAUGAACCCGUCUAGUCUGCCCGCAUUGUUUCUGAUUUCCUCGUUUUGGUUUAUAUAAGACUUGAUAAGUACGUGAAUGGCGUGUUUUCAAAAUAAGCUGUGUAUAAGUUCAUCUUGAUUUAAGCAAGAAUACGGUAAUGUACAUGUACAUUGAAGACUGGCGGAGCUUUGCGUGGACCCAUGCCUAACCGCUAACUUUACUUGCAUAACCAACUGCUACAUGUAAUUUUGCUAUGAGUCACUGCAUAGCUGCAGGGCCUACUCAGCUCCGUCAUGUCCUUGUCGGCCGCGCCGAGCAUAGUGACAGUAUUUCCUAACAUGCCUACGCUAACUGAACAAUGUUUUCUGUGGUCACACUGUUUUGUACGCUCAUAAAAUCCUGAAGACUGCAAUACCAUACAGGUUCCUGAGCUUUCAACAAGUUAACAUUUGGUUGAGUGCAUCAAUUGCCUGACUUUUGAUGAAAUGGAUGACAGCCGUGCUUUAAAACGAUUGGCCCAUGGUACAUUGCAUAGUCUGCAGAGACUGGAGGACAUGACGCAUGAUGAGGCGGAUGAAAAGGAAAGUGUGGCCAAGCAGCAACGUCAGCUGUUAGCACUACAGAAAUCACUCCAGCAACUAAAUCAGUUGAAGGAUAGGCUAACCUAUAAACUGAAUCAUGGUCCCUCAAAGAUACUAAGUGACCUGUUGGGGGAUGAAGACGCAGAUAUUGAAGUCGGCUCAGAGGCCCAGCAUGCUGCCGUCACCAGCUCAGUAGCAUUUGCCAAGAGACUCAAGACUUUAGAAUUCCUUCAAGCUUACAGAUUAUCAGGUGUCACUGUGACAAGUGUAAGUGAUAGACGUGUGCGGCUACGAUGGGAGACAUUCUAUCAGGGAGAGUAUCAUGAGCCGUACUAUAUGGAGCUGGAGUUCAAAGGUCACCUGCAGGUGUACAGACACACGUUGCCUCACUUUCUGCCGCUCACAAGCAUUGCUGAGGCACACUUGAAUGAGGAUUUGACCUGCUUUGUUGAUGAGAUCGGUGAUUUGCUGAAUGCAUAUGUGUCCAGGCAGCAGCAAGUUGCACAACUGAAGGUGGACCAUUCUCCUACCAUCAUUGACGGUAUUCAUCACAGUCAGUCAUUAGAUUACAUACAGAUAACCCUUCUGCCUAGUGAGAGAAGUGCCCGUCAGCUGAAAGUAGACCUGUAUUAUGAUGACUUACAUGCCACACGUCCAACAAAGGUUCAUGUCUCUGAUUACGAUGAUGUCAGUGAUUCAGCCCUUGUAGAAAAGCUGAAAUCUUCACUGAAGCAAAGUGAGCUAUCCAAGGCCUUAUCUUCAGUAAGGCAUGACGGUACUUCACAGCCUGUGAGGUGAUCUGCUGCAGCUGUUCUGUACUACGUGCACUUCCUUCCAGCAACAAGCCAUGGACAGUUUAUCCCAGUAUUUGGAAGUUUCAAAGUGAUGUGUCUGGUGAUCCGUUUUCAUUACUAACAAUCAAGUUACAGCACUGACACAAUAUCGUAACCAGCCUGAUUAUUGUCAAAUUAUGUUGGCCUGAGUGGUUAAAAGGUACCCAUCAGUUGUUUGGGAGUCAACAGAGCAGGGAAGCUUGUUUUGAGUUUAUACACUUGUUAUCAGAAAGCGCAGUCCUCCAAUGAGGAUUUUACGUUGGGCCAUCCUAUCAUGUUCAAUCAAUUUUGGAAGAAUAAUUCCUUACUGAAACCACCCCGUAAAACACUCGUGUUGGAAUGUUGCCUUUGUCUUCCUCAAGUAAUAUUUAACAAAAGUCACAUGGAGAUAGGUAAAAACGAAUUUUCUUAACGACCUUUCA